GUUCAAUUUAAAUCUUUUAUUGGGUAUACUUAAUAUCUUUAUGAUAAUUCACAAACCUUUUAUAAACAACGAAUUGUAACAGCAAUAACUGAAAAUGUGUACAAUGUGCUGUAGUCCAUUUAUUAUGCAUAUAUAUCGAAUGGAUUGUAUGGAAAACAUGUGCCGCUAACUUCUCCAAAGGUUAAGGUUAAACCAAGCGCAUUUAUUAAUUGCACAACUCUUGCUUAGCCCAGUUGUAGUGCCAAGCAUGAUGUCUGCCAAGCCACAGAUAUUAAUAAUAGAGCCCUUUUUCGGCGGCAGCCACAAGCAGCUCAUAGACACAUUAGUCGAAUGUUUAAAUCUGGCAGAUUAUGAGAUCUUCAGCUUGCCUGCUAAGAAAUGGCAUUGGCGUGCUCGCACCUCUGCACUGUAUUUCUCGCAGCUGAUUCCGCCGGAACACGAGUACAAAGUGCUGCUAACAAGUUCCGUGCUCAAUUUGGCCGAGCUCAUUGGUGUACGUCCGGAUCUGGUUACCUGCAGGAAGAUUGUCUAUUUCCACGAGAAUCAAUUGGUCUAUCCCGUGCGCGAGGUCAAGGAACGGGAUUGUCAAUAUGGCUUGAAUGAGAUUCUCACUUGCCUUGCUGCAGAUGUUGUGCUCUUCAAUUCGAACUUCAAUCGCAUGUCCUUCCUGGACAAUGUACAGCCCUUUUUGAACAUCCAGCCAGACUUCAAGCUGAAGCACAUACGCGAACGCAUCGAGAAGAAAUGUGAAGUGCUCUAUUUUCCCAUCAAGUUCCAUGCUUUUCCCAACAAGCGUCACAUGAUGGAUGCUGAGCCAAACGCGGAGCCGGAUUGCUUGCAUUUGAUUUGGCCGCAUCGCUGGGAACACGACAAAAACCCCAAAUUGCUGGUGGAGGUGCUAAUGGAGCUGAACAAGCGUCAAGUCGACUUCAAGGUAACAAUCUGUGGCGAGAGCUAUCAGGCGAUACCAGAGGCCUUCGACGGCAUACAACAAAAGCUAGGCGCGAAGCUAAUUAACUUUGGCCAUUUGACGCGCGAGGAGUAUGUUAAAGCGCUGCUAACUGGCGACAUUGUCAUCUCGACAGCUGGCCACGAAUUCUACGGCGUGGCCAUGCUGGAGGCCACCUACUGCGGCUGCUAUCCGAUAGCACCCAACAAGCUCGUCUAUCCAGAGAUCUAUCCCAAGGAGAAUCUCUACAAUACGUCCAACUCCUUAAUCAAAAUGCUGUACAAUUGGUGCCGUAAUCCGGAAAUCUUUCGCCGGCAUCGCGACAAAUUCUUCGACUAUUUCAACUUCGAACGCUAUUCGGCCCAGCACUUGGUGCCCAAGUAUAUGGAGAAGAUGCGUAUUACGGUUUAGCGGCGGCCUUAAAAGACAUCAUUUGUAGCAUCGAAUUUAGAUUUGUAAGAAACGAAAACUUGACCAAUUUUUUAGCAUACAAUAACGGUUUAGAUAUAGCUGAAAUGCCAUGUGUGUGUCUAGGGUAUAUAUAUAGGUUUUGUAAGCGCCUCACAAUUGUUUAAAUCCAAUUAC